CGCGCCCUACAUCUCGCGCCGGGCUGAGGGGGCUCAAUCCGCCGCCGCCGCCACCGCUGCCACCGCUGCCGCCGCCACCGGGCUUCGGUCUCGGUGCAGGUAGCGGCCGCCGCCAGGACAACUACGCUGCCGAGCAUCCCCAGGCAGUGAGGAAAAGGAGGCUCAAAGAGGUCAAGCACCUGUUCCAAGAUCAUAUAAUGUGUUAAUGUUGGAGUUCCAGUUUGAAGUUAUAGUUCCUCCAUAGUAGGCACAUUGGAACUUGACAACUAUAUCCAAUCCUUGCCAAAUACAUCCCAUUGUCCACACAUCCAGUGUGAGGUCCCUCCAGGUACAAGGUGGGCACCAUGGCUGAGAAGUUUGACUGCCACUACUGCAGGGACCCCCUGCAGGGGAAGAAGUACGUGGAAAAGGAUGGCCACCACUGCUGCCUGAAGUGCUUUGACAAGUUCUGCGCCAACACCUGUGUGGAAUGCCGCAAGCCCAUCGGUGCAGACUCCAAGGAGGUGCACUAUAAGAACCGCUAUUGGCAUGACACCUGCUUCCGCUGUGCCAAGUGCCUGCACCCCUUGGCCAACGAGACUUUUAUGUCCAAGGACAACAAGAUCCUGUGCAACAAGUGCACCACUCGGGAGGACUCCCCCAAGUGCAAGGGCUGCUUCAAGCCAAUUGUGGCAGGAGAUCAGAAUGUGGAGUACAAGGGGACCGUCUGGCACAAAGACUGCUUCACCUGCAGCAACUGCAAGCAAGUCAUCGGCUCUGGAAGCUUCUUCCCAAAAGGGGAGGACUUCUACUGCGUGACUUGCCAUGAGUCCAAAUUUGCCAAGCAUUGCGUGAAGUGCAACAAGGCCAUCACAUCUGGAGGAAUCACUUACCAGGAUCAGCCCUGGCAUGCCGAGUGCUUUGUGUGUGUUACCUGCUCUAAGAAGCUGGCUGGGCAGCGUUUCACCGCUGUGGAGGACCAGUAUUACUGCGUGGAUUGCUACAAGAACUUUGUGGCCAAGAAGUGUGCUGGAUGCAAGAACCCCAUCACUGGGAAAAGGACUGUGUCAAGAGUGAGCCACCCAGUCUCUAAAGCUAGGAAGCCCCCAGUGUGCCACGGGAAACGCUUGCCUCUCACCCUGUUUCCCAGCGCCAACCUCCGGGGCAGGCAUCCGGGUGGAGAGAGGACUUGUCCCUCGUGGGUGGUGGUUCUUUAUAGAAAAAAUCGAAGCUUAGCAGCUCCUCGAGGCCCGGGUUUGGUAAAGGCUCCAGUGUGGUGGCCUAUGAAGGACAAUCCUGGCACGACUACUGCUUCCACUGCAAAAAAUGCUCCGUGAAUCUGGCCAACAAGCGCUUUGUUUUCCAUCAGGAGCAUGUGUAUUGUCCCGACUGUGCCAAAAAGCUGUAAAGUGACAGGGGCUCCUGUCCUGUAAAAUGGAAUUGAGUAUUGUUAUUUGUGUCCUCACCCUCUGCCCUAUACCAUCCAUAGGGAAAGAGCGGCCUUUCACCUCUUCAAAGUUGUUUCUGUCUUUUCUCCCAUUUUACAGUAUUACUCAAAUAAGGGCACAGUGAUCAUUCUAGAAUUUAGCAAAACCAACUCUGCAGCAAAGUUAAUUUUGCAAUGGCUGCAUUAAAAAAUGAACACUUAGAUUGACUCUUCUGCAUGUUUAUCAUAGAGCAGAAAAGUGCUAACCAUUUAGCUGCUUAGUGAUAUAAGCAACAAGCCUAAGAAAUAAAGCCCCCACUGAGAUGCCCUUCGUGACUCAGCUGGGACCCACCGUGUCAUCACAAGACACACAAGAGUUGUAGCGGCUGCUUCAACUCAUUGCUCACCCUGUGUUCUGUGAGCAGAAAGAGAAUUUACCGAAAUGCAUGGUUUAACUUCAUCAAAACCUUCCUUCUGUUCUUUUGUGCUUUUGAUCGACUAAUAUGAAUUUCUAGAAAAUUAACAUUUGAACUUAGCUGUGAUGCUAAACUGACCUUUCCCCCCGUACUAACAUUUGAGUUCCCCGUGUGCCGUGUUUUCUGAACGUUCCUACUUUCAAGCAUGGAACAUGCAGGUGAUGUGGAAAGUGUAGGCAGAUCUGAGAGAACGAGCCUGUUUCAGAGGAACAUCGUCACAGUGAAUACUUCUGGAAGCUUAACAAAACUAACCCAGCUGUUGGGUGUGUUUAAUUAAUAAUAUUUUGUUUUAAUUAAUAACAGCAUAGAUUAUGGGUUUGGAGACUUGCAUGAAAACAUUUUAGCCCCCUCGAACGUUCCUGCAGUUUGAAGUCAUCCUAUAGAAGUAACCAUAAAUCUCUAGAGGGGUAGCUGAGCAACCAUCAGGACGAUCAUUGACAUGGAUGUGACAUUUCCAAACAGUGGCAAGUUGAAUCCCUUGUAACAUAAUAGUUGUUGUUCUUUUGCUGAUCUGUUGAAGAGGCUCACCAAUGUCUCUUGUGAUUCUUAGGACUGUUCCUCAAGAGCUUAGCUCGAUUUCUGGGGGAGUGGGGAGGUCACUGUCCUCACAGGCAGAUUUCCAUGUAGUGCUUACCUGAGAUGCCGGAUCACCUACUUACUGUAUUCUAUCUAAUUGUUAUAUUACAUAAUAAAAUGAGAUGAUAUCAAAGUGAACAUGUAAUGACAAUACAUAUUAACAUUCUUGUAGCUAUGGUUAGAGAAGCCGAUGCCUCAUUUCUACAUUUUGUCAUUAGCUAAUAUCAUCUAACGUUUCAGUGUAUCCUUACAGAAAUAAAAGUAGCAUAUAAAUAA